CUGUUCUGCAGCUCAGAGUUGGAGUCAUGGCCGAGUGUGAUCACUGUGGUCUUAACAAGAUGAAGGACCGCUGACUCCUCGGCUGGAUUAUUGUCCCCAAGACCUUCACCCAGACGAGCAGGAGGAGUAGCAGGAGGUCCACCAUGGCCGAGCCGCUGCUGAAGAGAACCUUCUCCAGGCUGAGAGGCAAAGACCGAACCAGAAGAAAGACGGAGCCCAAAAUAAGCGAAGUCCUCCAGAAGUCUUCAUCAUCUUCAUCAUCAUCCAUGACAAGAACUUUACCAGCAGCAGAUCCAGAUCCUCUCUUGCCUCCACAGAACCACAUCCCGGUUGGUAAGAAACAGGUGUGGGCAUGGCAGGGCUUUUCGGCUCCGUCCCCCUCCUUGCAAUCUGGCUCCACCCCCAGAAACUGUAACCGAAUAUCCCAGGAUGCAUCUGUGCAGGCCUGGAGUCAGAGGUCAGCACAGGAUAAGACACAUCAGUGUAAGGACAGGAAAUGGGUCAGCCAAUCAUCGGAUACGGCCGGCACCCCCUGUGUUCCUGUCAGUUCUACCCUAGUACCCGCUGAAGAGCCCCAUCCUCCAGAAGCUUCACCCGACCCAACCGUCAGCAGCAAGUCAUCGGACCAGCACGCUUAUCUGCAAAGCCUAGAUCGCACCAGCAGAGCUUGGGUGCUGUCUUCUGGGAAGACCCAGACAUUGGAUCAAGCAGGGUUUCAGCAGGAGAGCAGCAACAUCUGGUAUAACCCUAUCCCUGAGGAGGAGGACGCAGGAGGUCCAUGCAGGGAGAGGGAGAUUUGGAGGAAGAGGGACGAGAGGAAGGAAGGAGGAGCCGCCUGCACUACGGAGCUGGGAGGGUUGUUGGGGUCAACAGAAUGUUCUAGUGGGGACUUUUCACUGGAUGAAAUCAAUCUAAGUGUUAGCAAUCAUAAUGAUGACAUCAACACAGAAAACCCAGAUAUCAUCCCCGCCCCUCCAAAGAAAGAAGGCGUGUCCGGUAGUGUGAUUGACAGGCUGAAGUCUCCUGGCACAGUGAGGAAACUCUCCCUAAAGAUGAAGAAACUGCCUGAGCUGCGCCGUAAACUCAGCCUUCGCUCCUCCUCUCGCAGCCAACGGCAGGGACUAGACAGAGGGGGAGACGAGUUGACUAGUAAGACCUCAUCAUCUGUAGCAGACCAAAACGUGAUCAGCAGAUAUCACCUGGAUAGCUCCGCCCCUCCAGCCAGGCCUCUAAGACGAUCAUCGAGAGGACGCUCAGCCAAAGGAGGUUAUCUUAGUGACGGCGACUCACCCGAGCUGCUGCCACGGAAACAGGCCCCUCCUGUCCCAACUCUCCAGGACAUGGCGGUCAACGUAAGUGAGUUCCGACUGUACGAGGGUUCCAAUCUAGCAAGAAGUAGCCAGCGGGUCACAGGUUUACUGACGGUCCAUCUCCUUGGCCUGGAGGAGAUGAAGACCAGCAGGUCAGAGGGCCAUAAGGAGGUGUUCCUAGCUAUCCAGAUUGACGGGGUGACAAGGGCAAGGACCUCCCUCCUGACCCUGAGAGGCUCUACUCUCCCGUUGAACCACACCUUUCACCUGGAGCUGGAGAGAGCCCGGCUGCUCCGCACAGUGGUGUUAACACCAGUUUGUCCAGCAGCAAGUUCAGGGUCUAAAUCCGGAAUGGACCAGACUUUAGCCACUCCACCCAGGAACCGGGUCUGUGGUCUGGGAGGAGUCUCCAUCCCUCCUAUCUUUAAAGGGAGCCGCAGUCAGCAGCUCUGUGUGAAGUUAGAGCCCAGAGGUCUUCUCUAUGUCAAACUGUCUCUACAGGAGAAGUGGGAUACACAGCCCUGCACUGACCAAUCAGGGCCUUCUAAUGUGUUUGGGGUUGAACUGCACCACCUGGUGGAGAAAGAAGGAUCCUCCUCACAGAUUCCGCUGCUGAUCCAGAAAUCUGUGGAAGAGAUAGAGCACAGAGGUCUGAAGGUGGUGGGUCUGUACAGACUGUGUGGUUCUGCUGCGGUAAAGAAGGAGCUCAGGGAUUGGUUUGAGAGGAACAGUUUGGCGGUUUGUCUCAGUGAGGAUCUGUACCCCGACAUCAACGUCAUCACAGGUAUACUGAAGGACUACCUGAGGGAGCUGCCGUCUCCACUCAUCACCAGGACUCUAUACCAGGUCAUCCGACAGGCCAUGACCCUACGACCCCCACAUGCCCCACCCUGGACCCCUGAUCCCCAGCUUGCCCAGAGCACUGUGGAGCUGCUGGUCUGUCUUCCACCUCCAGAGCGGGCCACCCUGGCUCUCCUUCUGAACCACCUCAGUCUGGUGGCCUCCCUCAGUUCCUUCAACAGGAUGACCCACCAGAACCUCGCUGUGUGCUUCGGUCCAGUGCUCCUCACCCCAACCCAGGAGGCGUGGAAGGGGGGAAGAGGAGGAAGAGGGGGGAAGGUAUUCGGUCACCGUGAAGAGAUGGCGAACGCCGUGGAUUUCAAGCGACAUAUUGAGGCUUUGCACUACCUGCUGCAGCUGUGGCCAGUGCCGACCCAUCAGUUCCCAGCAGAUGACCACAUCAACGUCUCCCCGCCUCCCUCCCCAGCCCUCAUCCAGAACCCUCAAGGAAAGCAGCAUUGGCGACCUACGCUGCGAUUAACUCUGCCUCGGAACCCUGAGGUGGUGGUGGUGUCAAGGCGGGGUCGAGGUGGCCUGGCCCGGCUGGAUAGUCCCCCACCAAUCAACCGGUACGCCGGCGACUGGAGUGUCUGUGGACGAGACCUUUUGUUGGGACAAGACGCUGAUUAUGACGAGGUGGCAGGAAGUGAAAGUGAAAGAGGCAGCGGGGAUGAAGGCAAGGUGGCGAAGAACGAGGCAAGAUCCUCAGGAGGAAUAGGCCUCUCCAUGGAUGAGUUCAUGGAUUUUGACGCUCCAUUUAACUGCCGGCUAAGCCUAAAGGACUUUGACGCUCUGAUCCACGAUUUAGACCGGGAGCUUGCCAAGCAGAUCAACAUCUGUCUCUAGAGCCACACCAUUUUAUUGAUAUGAUCCAAAGGCAAACAGAGAUUCUCACAGUUGUUGACCCUUCAAAAAUGUGAACUGGUGUCCCACUGACGUCCAUUUCUUCUAGAAGGGUGUGCUGACAGUCCUGUCUUUUUUCUGUACCCGCUGCCCUCUUCCUGGUUUCGGUACCGCAAGCUUUAUUUUGUACCUCCCAUAACAGCAGAGCGAUAUGAGCAUCACACAAAUUUUCCGUUCAGCCACAGUUCAGAGUUUUAACAGUGAUUACUUUUUGAUCCACAGAAGAAAUAGGAUGCCAUACCCAGUGUUACCAAUAAUAAUGUUGUUGUUUACUGUGUCUUUGUUUGUUCUGGGUUGUUUCUUUAGAGUAUUUUCUUUUUUUGCACAAGGAUAGUAAGCACUUAUGUUUUUAAUUGAUAAUGACAAUGUUUGUAAGUAGAUGAAACCAAAGUGUUGGAGCACAGCUUCUGUUGGAACAUCCUACUAAGCUAACUAUUAAACACAUUAUUAUUUGUAUUAGUACAAUAUUAUUUUGUAUUGACUGCCAAUGCUUUUUACCAGCAGUGCUCUAAGAAAUCUUACUUCAACUUUUACGAAGGAAGGACAAAGCUUCAGCCCUAUUUUCUGAUCAAACUGCAAGGUUGGCGGUUUGAACCCUGGCUCCCUCAUGUCCCAUGUCGAAGUGUCCCUGAGCAAGACACCUAACCUCUAAUUGAUCCCCGGGCAAAAUGUAAAACCAUGGGUUAAAAUGCAAUGUAAGUUGCUUUGGAUAAAAGCAUCAACUAAAUUACAUGUAAUGUAAUGUACGUAUUAAGGCUGGGAGGUAUGGCCAAAAAUCCAUAUCACCGUAGUUUUAACCGUCCUCUGACGGUAUCCCGGUAUAUGACGGUAUUGCUUUUUCAAGUGAACACAUUAAUUAAUUGACCCAGAAAAGGACUACCUGAACAGUUGUGUGCUGUACGCACCAUGCAGUUCGGUGGGGUUAUUUUUAAUAAAUGUACAUUUAUUGGUGAUACAAAUUGUUUAUUGUAAAUUACGAAUGAUCUUCUACUUGCAUUCGACCAAGGACUCAUCUUUUUUCCUGUCUUGCUGGACCUCAUCAUCAUUGUAUCCUGUUGCGGUGACCAGAACAUUUGAUUAUGUUUGAUUUGAUAUUAAAGAAACCGCACUCAGCUAG